UAUUUUCCUCGUACUACGCCGUUCCGUCGAGGUCAUGGCUAGAAAAGGUGGAAAAAAGGGAAGGAAUAAUAACAACAACAACAAGAACGCCGGGAACAAGAAAAAGAAAUUGGAACCACUGGACCUGAACUCCUCCCCGAAUACUACAGAAAACGAUAAUAAUUCCUCCGAGAGCCCUCUCGAAGAGGCGGUUACAUCACCUGAAAAUGCCAUUCCAGUAUGCAGAGCUCCCUACCAUUGAGUAUAAGGAAUACCGUCCUCGUUAUCAGACCUACGACCUGAAAACCGGCACAUUUACUUAUUAUUCCGUUGAUCCCAAUGAGCCGAGUCUGACGACGGACAACGUUCAGCAGAAAGACCCUGUCACGACGGAUACCCCCUCGGCCUCAGACGAUAAGAAUGCCCCAGAGGACGGGCCAGCUGAAAAUCUCCAAAAUGCUGCGGCUGCAGAGCCUGCUGGGGCUCCCGAGGACGGUGAAAAAGAAGCCAAAGGAGACGACGUAGCGGAAAAGAACGACGAGCCGCCCCCAGAAAAACCAGAAGAGAAAAGUGAUCCAGAAGACGCGAAAGAGAAAAGCGAAAAUGCUGGAGACCACCAGCCCGAACCGGCAAAAGACGAGAAUGCCGCCGCAUCGGCAGAUUCUAAUGAAGCGAAGGAGGCCACUGAGACCAAAGAGGGUGGUAAUGAUGGGCCUGGACCGGUUGCAGAACCAGAAAAGGAGCCAGAACCAAAACAAGAGGCAGAAGAUGCUACUGCGGAAAAGGAUGCUUCGCCUGGAGACGCCGAUAAUAAUAACACAGAAGAUAAAAGUACUGCUCCUGCUGAUAAGCAGGAAGACGAGCCCGCAACAGGUGAUAAGAAAGAAGAACCGGCUUCUGGCGAAUCCGGUACUACUGGUAAGGGAAACACUACUCCUGAACAGACAGAGGCGGCAAACCCAGACACCAAUGAGUCUGUUUCUGAUGCUGCUAAACAAGAAGACACGGCGGCAGAACCAGCUGUUCAAGAGACACCUGCCGAAGAAACAACUAUUUCUGAAGCUCAACCUGAAAAGUCCCCGACUGAAGAACCGCCUGCCGAAGAGAAGCCCGCAGAGAAGCCCUCCGAUGAGCCUAGAACCGAAGAAUCACCCGCCGCACCUACGCUUGAUGAACCAUCAGCAAAGGAAGAUGGUGCCUCUGAGGAGAAACAGCCCGAGUUAGUUCCAGAGGCUACACUAUCCACAGAGGAUGAGAAGCCAAAGCCGACCGAUGACUCUCCCCCGGAAAACCCCGUGACUGAAGGACCGCCCAAGGAAGUGCCCGCUGAAACGCCAACCGAAGAAAAUCCAGCUAGCAAGCCCUCAUUGACCGAAGAACCAAGUGCUGAGGCUGGAGAAACGUCCGACGGCACACUUGAGGCGUAUCAUACUGCUGACGAAGCCCCAAGGGAAGAAUCUUCACCCGAAGGACCACCAGAGGCAUCUGCUGAGAAAGCUCAUACUGAAGCAGUUACUGAGAAGGGAGACUCGGCUGAGACUGCUCCAGCUGAGGAACCAGCUCCUAAAGAAGAACAGCCUGUGAAAGAGGAAGAAUCUCCUGCUCCUGCUUCUACUGAGCCUCCUGUUGAGGAACAGACUGGUACAAAGGAAGAACUCACAGGCAAACCAUCUGAAGAAAAGGCACUUCCCAAAGACACGCCUAAUGAAGAGUCGUCUACCUCUGAGGUGCCCGUUCUUACAGAGAAGUCUGCUCCUGAAGAAAGUCCAUCAGCUGAAACGCCCACCCAACCUUCUGCCACCGAAGAAUCCAACGCUGAAAACCCCAAAGCUGAAGAAGCUGCCAAAGCUACCCCUUCUGGUGAGGCAACAGAAGAAGCCCCUCCGGCUGAAAAGCCAGUAGCUACAGAAGAAACCACGAAGGAGACCGCUGUCAAGGAAGAUUCUGUUGAAGAAACUUCCUCAAAAGGACACUCCGCCGCAGAGCCUGCCAUGGCCGAAGAAGCUCUUGUUGAAGAAGCCAAAACAGAAGAGCCCCCAGCCGCUGAGGAGACGCCUGCUGAGCCACCAAAAGAUGUUCCCGUCGAAGACACCCCUGCCAAGGACUCUUCUACCGAAGAAGCGCCUGCAGAAGAAUCAUCUGCUGGAGAACCCGAACAAUACUCUGCUGAACAGCCACCCACUGAAGGAGCGACUGUCGAAGAACUACCUGCCGAAGAGCCGGCAGAACAGCCGGCCAAAGAUCCUCCUGCCGAGCAACCUGCCGAAAAAACUUCUGAAGCACCUGCCAAGGAACUGGUCGAAGAGAUGUCUGCUGAAGAAGCACCUGUCGAAGAACCAAUUGCUGAGAAAACUUCGGAAGGACCGCCUGCUGAAGAACCGCCUGCUGAAGAACCGCCAGCUGAAGAACCGCCUGCUGAAGAACCGCCAGCUGAAGAACCGCCAGCUGAAGAACCGCCUGCUGAAGAACCGCCAGCUGAAGAACCGCCUGCUGAAGGACCGCCUGCUGAAGAACCGCUUGCUGAAGAACCGCCUGCUGAAGAACCGCCAGCUGAAGAACCGCCAGCUGAAGAACCGCCUGCUGAAGAACCGCCUGCUGAAGAACCGCCAGCUGAAGAACCGCCAGCUGAAGAACCGCCUGCUGAAGGACCGCCUGCUGAAGAACCGCCUGCUGAAGAACCGCCUGCUGAAGGACCGCCUGCUGAAGAACCGCCUGCUGAAGAACCGCCUGCUGAAGAACCGCUUGCUGAAGAACCGCCAGCUGAAGAACCGCCAGCUGAAGAACCGCUUGCUGAAGAACCCCUUGAGGAAGCCUCUGAAGAAGCCGAGGAAGAACUUGUCAGAGAACCAUCCGUUGCUGAAGAACCUCCUGCACCUAUUCCUGAAGAGGGCCCAGACUCCACACCAACUAAAGCCCCUCAAGAAGAUCUUCCGAAGGGAGAUGCCUCACAGAGCAGAUCUAUUGAGGGCUCAGCGGACACUCAUGCACGCAGAAGAAAGAGACACACGUCCGGUGUAGAAGGCGAACGGCGCCAUUCCAAAAGCUCCUCAGAAGGGCAUCGCCGAUCACAUCACCGCCACAAGCCUGAGAGUAACAAUGCAAUUACGAACCGCUGGAGGAAAGCUCUUGAAGAGUCGAGAAUGGACUACAUGGAGAAAGAAAGGAAAAAAUCUCAGGGGGAAUCUGAAAAACGACGCAGGUCACGUGCUGAGGAGAAGGAGCAGCAUCCUACAGAGAAGGUCCGACGGUCCGGCACGAAGGACGGGCAUUCUCCUACGAAAGAGGCACGUUCUUCCGAUACAGGACAACGUUCAGAGAGGGAACGACACUCCGAGAAAGAACGACGCACUGAAGACCGGCGACGUCCUGAAAAGGCGCGUCGUACUGAAGACUGGGUUAGAGAUGUCAAGUCAUCCACAAGGGAGAAAAGGGACGGCAUCGUCGAUGGCAAACCAAAACACCGACAUUCAGAGCGGUCGGGUUCUCGCGAUCAAGAACGAAGGGGGUCCUCUUCCUCCUCGAAGCCGGUCACAGGACCCUUGUCCCUCUUCCGGUCCAUGACUACCGGCGGCCUUCUCCAGAAGGCCAUUGACUCCAGGGGCAAAGAACCUCCUGCUCGCGACGAACCGAGACGUUCAUCCAGUCAUCGCCAUCAUCGUCAUUCGGGAGAGAGGAGGUCCACCGUCGGGCCCAUCGAUGAGGCAGCCCAGGAAGACGAAGAGGCGAGAAGGGCUCGACGGGAAGAGAGAAGGAGGAGAAGAGCCGAAGCCGAGGCACAGGCACAGGCAGAGGCAAGUGCACGGGAGAGGAGGAGGGAGAGAGACGGUUCUCAUCGUCGAGGCGCAGAGGAUCACGAUCGCCAUGUUCGCCAUAGACAUCGACGGGAACCGUCUCCCCCGAGUAAGGAACCGAAGUUGAGGGGAUUACUGAGGGCUGUUGUGCCUCAGGUUCUUUGAUUUAAUUCUUGUUGUACUAUGUCUUUCAUUGCAUUUAUUACGGAGUAUUAAAUUGACGAGCGAAGAGACGGAAAUCACGACACAGCAUAUCAGGAUGGUGUUUUCCUGUUUUAAUGGUAAUAUUUGAUCUUAUGCAUAGCGAUACAUCUACAGAAA